UCAACUGCACAGCACGGCUCCCGCAGGACUUUCCUUCUUUGUAUUACUGCAGUGUGUGAGCGUGUAGGAACUAAUGGGAAACCACACCUGAACUUGUACUUGAAAUUCCAGGGCUGUGCUCUCAAGGCCCUUUUUAAAACAACGCAUGGCAUUUGCAGUAUUGAAGUUAAAUAUGAGGUAUUUAAGACCUUACUGAUCAGAGCUUGACUGAAAUUUAGCAGAACCAGCAACCUGUUGGUUUAGUUUGUCUGAAAAACAAACUAGCAUUUCACUUAUUGUAAAACUGAUCCUUAAGAAGAGAAUCUUUGUUAAGAUUUGCAGCAGUGCUGCUUUAACUCCCGGAUGACAGUACAGCAGAGCAGGUUGCAGCACACUAACUUCUGCCUCGAGCUAAGCACAAGAGCUUCUCAGGUGAGCAGCUGUAUCCACAGAGGUUUUGGCCUGAGCCUGGAACCAUCCCUGCAGUGCUUUCUGAAACACAGCCAGCCACAGGCAAGAGCUUGGGUGCUGAAACAGACUCUAGUCAGCCAGCUUUGCCUUGUGCAGCUACUGAGUGCAACAUUGUGCCAGCAGUAACGUGAACUCACCUCUACCAAAGAUGUGUGCUUUGUGAGACAGCCAGAGGCGUUAAAAUCCCUAUCAGAACAAUGGUGGAGAUGAGGUAGGCAGAGAGGAUUUAAACAGUGCUUUAUCCUACGUGUGCAAGCAGUGGCUGUCAGAAAAAUGGGAAAUCAGUCAGGAGAUGGAGGACAACUUCAUUUACAAGCGUUUAUGUGCCAACAAUUAUUAACUAGAGUAGAGCAGACAAACAAUAAAACCUACUGCGCUGACUUAGAAAGUACUGCACCCCAUGAAUAAUGAAACGAGCAACAGUCCACGAUUGAAACCACGGUCAAUAACUUUGCUUUUAAGCCUAACUAGUAAUCAAUAGGAAACAAUUUCAUUGUCUUGCAUGUCUUGCUAUACAGCUGUUUUCUAGCCUGCUCCUUCCUCCAUGUCAGACAGUCACACCCAUAUCUGAGUUAGCCCAAAUGAAAGGUGGAGGUAAGAAGGUGGGAAGUCCUCGAGGAGAAGAUCCUGGCCUACAGAAUCCCUCCAUAUCUGCUUUAGGAGAUGCUUGUCCUUAUACUCUCAUUUCCUCCAUCUAACUCAUUUGCUGGAGUCGCUCAAAAAGAGGAAAGGAAAUCUCCAGCUAUAGGGCCGACACAUCUUAAUACCAGGAUAAAGUACAAGAACUGGUUGAUAUUUAACAGACCUUCUCUAAAGAGCACCAAAAAAAGGAUUAUAUAGAAAAGGAUUGGGUUAUAACCGUAGAUAAUUCAGAUAGUCAUUAGAUAAAAUGUGAGAGAUGAAAGUGACAAAAAUAUGCUAAUAUAUCACCUAUGGCAUAGAGUAUUUGGACAGCGCUCAAACUAUGGCGAGGGGAAGCUGAGUUUUAAAUUUAUAGUAUUUAUAGUUCUGGCCAAGUCUAGGGGUGUCAUGAGAUCUAAUCUGAAACUUCUGACUGUCACCAGCAGAGUAUCAUGAGAAGGGAUUAGGCAGGGUAUCUGUGCACCAUGGGAGAAGCCUGUGUAUUCCUUGGUCUGGUUAAAGGUUGCAACUCAGGGAUCAGCAGUGCUGUCUAGUGAUUCCUUACCAUGUGAGAUGCUCUGAGCUAUGUAGAGCUUGAGAACUGCAAGUGCAAAUUACUUCAUUUAUAUUUUAUUAAUGAUAAAUAUUGAAAUUAGAAAUGUACGAGACAAAACUAUUUAGAAGAUUUGAAUUAUUCAGAGUCUGAAUGGCUUUCAGACAUCUCCUUGGCCUCUGGUCUGUAAGCACGUUCUGUCAGCAUUAUAAGUUGCAUUGGUGCACGUGGCUGAAAGACACGGGUAUGAAUCUCUUGGAUUUUCAUAAACCUCCUCAGGGAUAUAUAUUCAGUUUCUUUUGCACUUAAGAUAAUCCUUUCUUUUACCCAUUUAAUAACAAGUUCUUAAAAUAUAAACCUCAACGAUAGUUAAACUAUCUUCUGUGUUGGGUCAAACUAGUAAUGCUUGAGGCAGGGUCUAUGUUACAGGUCUGAUGGCCAUAUCGCUUAGUCUUAAAACACACUGGUACCUGCUGCAUCAUGUCGUUACUGUCAAAAUAAACACUGCACUGAUUUAAGUGAUUUACAGAUGUUUCUUUAAAGUGCUGAGAUGUUCUGAGAACAAGCAAAAGGUGUGAAAAUGUUUUGUGGCUUCGGAAGUCCCACAGGUCUGACUUGACUCCAGGAGCACCAACCACCACUGCAGUGCUUGGGGCUGCCAGUUUCACAGCUGCUUCCAAAAGCUGCCUUCUAGAGGUAGGGGCCUUCUCACGAGUGUCCUCUCCUGUAGGAGGACAGAAGCUUGUCACCAUGAGCCUGACUCGCACAUGCCAGCUGCUGGGCUGGGGCUGGGGCAGUGCUGUCCUACCUGUGGGCCUUGAGCAGAGAAGGCUCCAUUUCUCGAGGUAGUCAAGGUUGGAUGGGGCCCUGGGUGAGCAUCCUGAUCUGAUGAGUGGCAGCCCUGCCCACGGCAGAGGGUUGGAACUAGAUGAUCUUUGAGGCUUCUUCCAACCUAAGCCAUUCUGUGGUCACCUGCCUGCAAAUGGGAUUUCCUCUCUCAGUAUUUGCCUGGCAUCAGGUUACUGGAUUGGAGCCCCUGUUUCCCUCAGUACAUAAAGGAAAUAAACAAAGCUUAAUAUCUUUGCCAUAAUUAUGUUUUCAAAGGCUAUUUACAAAAAAAUGUUUAACUUUGGCUGACCUCAGUAUGACGUCAUUGGGUGAAACCGUAGGGAACAGUUGGUUUCUGUGCAGCACAGUCUUUAUUUUGGCUGGCAGUCUACUAACUCUGGGGAAUGGUAAGCUCAUGCCAAGCGACGUCAGGCAAAUUGUACAGUUCUGCUGUGCCCCUCUAGAGGAAAGAGCCUGAGAAACUGCUCUGUAGGUUAGUAACAAAGCUGCAUGUAGUGGAAUGUGGGGCUCAGCAGUUCAGAUUCUCAAUCAGUUCGACUGAAGGACCCGCUCAGGUGUGGGGAAAAAGGCAGAGUUUUCUGCUGGCACGUUCUGGUGAAGCAGACCUGGAGGUCAUGUCAGCGUGUGCUUCGUACAGCGCUUGUUCUGGCAAGAUUUAUCCAGAAGUAAAGAAGCACUGGUGGAGACAGUGCAACCCCUGGCAAGAAGGAGCAACGCUGUGCAACUAAGGAAGGAGCCACUUCCAGGUUAUGAAAACAUGCUGUUGAACUGAAUUUUGCAGCUGGGUUUUCAAAUGUACCAUGGGAUGCAUCAAAUCCAAAGAUGCCUUUGCGGGAUCAAACGCUAUCCGUGUGGAAGGGAGCAGGGAAGGUGACGAAGGGUGCACCGGGGAGAAAUCGUCGCUGAUAGCAGGGAUGGUGGAUGAGAAAGGUCCGUCGAGCGCCAUAGUGCUGGACUACGCACACCGCCUCUCCCAUGAGAUUCUCGAUCAGGCAGUGAAGCAGUGGGCAGUGACAGAGAGCAAAUACAGCGACAUCCCUUUCAUUGAGAGCGAUGUGCCCUGAGCCUGGUCUGGCUUCAGCGAGCGUCUGUCUGCCAGCAGGUCGUGUUUGGUGCUGGUGCAAGUUGAGUAAAGUCAGCUGUGACCGAGCAGAGUGCUCCUCUGGGUGUGUUUGCAAGGAGAGGCUGGAAAAAAUUGCCUUUUAAUCUAUAUUGCUAAGAAACCCUGUGGAAUACAGUAGAACCUAUUAAUCACGUGUUGUUCGUUAUCAGCCAUAUGAUGAGUGUUGUCUGUCUUUGUACGUGUUGAGUGAUCAGAAAGUAGUGUUAAAAAAGAAAACGGGAAGAAUGCAACUGCCUUGCAACUGCAGGAGCACUGCCGCAGGGGCCCCCGAGAUGCUUAAGAACGAAGCAUGGAUUAUAUUUAUGUACUGCAUAAAAAAUAUAUGGCCUGUUUGUAGGUGACGAGAAUGGUACGCCUGGCAAACUUGUCUGUGUUCUGCUGAAGCGAAAGCAGGACCUCUAUGUAGCAAAGGCAGCUGCUGUUGUAACCUUCACUUUGAUUCUCUGACCCGAGCAGGCCCACAAACCACAAAACGACGAAGGCGGUGAGAAGCGUUUUAUAAAACCAAAUAGUAUUCAGGGAACCAUAUGGAUUAUGAUCCUAUUCAACUUCCACUCUUAACAGAACCGAUGAGAAACAUUACGAUAUUGAUAAAUAGUGCAUUGUAAUUAAGUUAACAGAUGCUCUGGCUUCUGCGAAUGCAUGAAGGCUAUUCUCUAAAAUCUUGCAGUAAGAGUUUAAUCACAUCUAAUUGCUGCGUUCAGGCCAAAGCUGUUUGCUUUGUAUUUUUUUUACUUUUUUUUUGGUCAGGGGGCUGUAUUGAUUUCAUGGGACUACAGCUGCACUGCGCUGAGCUUUCAAUCCAGCAUCACACCCUCAGAACUGCUGGCCUUUGCCUUGCUUCUGCUCCCGUAGGCUGAGCACAUCCCCACGGGUAGAGCCACGUGCACUGAGGCACAGCUGAGCUGUGGGAGCCUCAGGCCUGAGCAGAACAUAGGGCUGUGAGCGAGCCUUGGGCCCCAGGCUAGCGGCUGCUGCACUCAUCAGCAGUGCUGCAGAACUCACAGCCCCACUCUUCUCUGGGGCCUUGGGCCUGACCUCUAUUGCUCUGCUCUCUGGGGUUGGGAGGAGGAAACAAACUGAUCUCCUACCGCUCCACUGCCAUCUUAGGCAAAGUGAAUGCCUCGUAGGAAGCUUGUGUUGUUUCAGCACCCAUUUGCUCCUUCUUCUGUUAAGGCCAACGUAUCAGCCAUGUCAUUUUUUCCUGCAUCCAAGUGCUUCCAAUUUCAUGUUUUCAUUUUGCAGAAGGAAACUGCUUUCCAUACUGGCAAACACUGUUACUAUUUUUAAAAGGCACACACAGUCCUCGUGACUGAUACAAGUACGAUUCUGAAGCAGCGGUAAGCAGCAGAAGGAGGACCAUUGCAGUGUUUCAGCUUACUCUCAGAUGUGAAUUGAGAGAGAGCUCAGCUGUUUUGCAAACUUUCUGACAAACAGCAUCACUUGAAAUUCAGCUGGUGGGAAGUGUAUCCAGAAGGAAUGAUCAGAAGUACUUCUUGGUAGCUCAGCACACGACUGCUGCUGACUCGCACUGGCCAGGCUGGGCCCGGCCACUGGGCUGUGCACAUGCCAUAGGUGGCAGUGACUGGAAAGGCCGUGCUGCUGUGCCAACAGGCCUAAUGCUAAAUGGGUAAUAAUAAAGGUUUCUUCACCUCAAUGGAAUUCCAUCUGUCUGCUUACCUUUAGAUGAAACUAUUCUGCAGUCUUCAAAAGCCACUCUUAGUGCAAAGUUGCCACCAAUUCUUCGAUUUAGUACAAUAAAGGCACUCUGGCAGGGGACUGGUGUGCUCUGACAUACACACGUCCUUCUGUUUGGAGUUCAGUGUCUGUGUGCUUUGUGUUUUCUCUGUGGAACACACGCAGGGUCUGAGUGGGUUGUGUGUGACUGACAACAUCCUAGGAAUGCUUUGGAGCACACUAACUGCAGCACAACUUUGUACCACUGACCUUUCUGUAGUACAAUACAUCCGUACUCUCAAAUAAAACAUACUACAUUAUAUUUUUACAAGAUUUUUUGUGGAAAAUAUUUUCUUGUGAACCAAAUAAAAUGAAAAUG